AUGUGGGUUAUGGUGUGGAAAAAUAGGUGGACACACCCUCUGACUGGAGGAGCCCCAAGACGGAGUCGCGCAAAUUUCUGUGUUUGUUCUCUCUCUCUCUCUCUCUCUCUCUCUCUCUCUCUCUCUCUCUCCGUUUUCUUUCUUUGCUUCUAUACUGCUAAAUUUCUUUUUCCUACAAUAAUCAGUUUUCUUUCUUUCUUUUUCUUUAUUUCUUUUUAUUUUUCUUUAUCAACUUCUUUCUUUCUUUCUUUUCUUCUUUUUCUUUCUUUAUUUCUUUUCCUUUCUUUCUUUUUAUGUUUCUUUAUCAACUUCUUUCUUUUUUUCUUUCUUUUCUUCUAUGAUGUUAAAUUCUUUUUUCCUACAAUAAUUAUCAUUUUUUUCUACCAUGACGUUAAUAAUUUCAGUUCUUUCUUUUUCCUUUCUUCUUUUUCCUUUCUUCUUUUUCUUUUCUUCCACGAUGUUAACUUUAUUUUUCGUAUAAUAAUUCUGUGUCUUACUACGAUUUUUUCCCUUCUUUCUUUCUUUCUUUCUUUCUUUCUUUCUUUCUUUCUUUAUUUAUUUAUUUAUUUCCAUGACGUAUUUUUUCCUAAAAUAGUUUUUUUCUUUCUUUCUUUCUUUCUUUCUUUCUUUUCCUCCCGAAAGUUAACUUUCUUUUUCUUUUCUUUUUUCUAUCUGCUUUCUUUCUUUCUUUCUUUCUUUCUUUCUUUCUUUCUUUUCCUCCCGAAAGUUAACUUUCUUUUUCUUUUUUUUUUUAUCUGCUUUCUUUCUUUCUUUCUUUCUUUCUUUCUUUCUUUCUUUCUUUCUUUCUUUCCUGAUGUUAAGUUUCUUUUUCCUACAGUAAUUAGUUUUCUUUCUUUCUUUUCGCCUCUGUCAUUUAUUUUCUAUUUUCUUCGAAAUACUUUCUUUCUUUCUUUUCUUUCACUCUGUUUUUCUGUCCUUCCUUUUCAUACCGUUUACAUUUUCUUGCAAUAUAUCCCCCAUCUCUCUCUUUCUUUCUUUCUAUCUUCAUUUUUCUAUGAUGUUUACUUUAUUUUCAUUAAAUUGUCUUCUUUCUUUUUUCUUCUUUUACUUUCAAUAUUUUUUUCAUUUUGUUCUUUCUUUCAUACCCUUUACUUUUUUGGUUACUCCAGUCACUAUCUCUUUCUUUCUCUCUUUCUUUCUUUCUUUUCUAGUAUAUAUCGUCCUUUUUUAACCUUUUUCCUUUUUUGCAUUUAA